AUGGGCCAUCACCUAGGGCUCAGGGCUGCCAUCAGCUCGCGGCUUCCCCGCGAAGCUUCCGCCUUGGUGAUCGCCCGCGCCUGGUAUCGCCGACUGCCCGCGCGCUUGCCUGGAUCUACAAGAUCUCAAUCUCUUUGCAGCCGGGUCCAGCCAUUGAGUGUUCGAUCUAUCUUAGCAGUUCUUGUCAAGACCCACACACACCACCUGAGCAUGACUGCCCGUUUGGUGCUGGUCAUCGGUGACCUGUUCAUCCCGGACCGGGCUCCCGAUCUGCCUGCCAAGUUCCGCAAACUCCUCACACCCGGAAAGAUUGGUCAAAUCCUCUGCUUGGGUAAUUUGACUGAUCGCGACACCUAUGACUUUCUUCGCCAAGUAGCCCCAGACCUGCAGAUGGUCAAGGGCGACUACGACGUCGACUCCCCCAAUCUGCCGUUGUCCAAGGUCGUCAACCAUGGCGGCCUGCGCAUCGGUGUCACCCACGGUCAUACCAUUAUCCCGCCCGGUGACGCAGAUGCUCUGCUGAUCGCUGCCCGUCAGAUGGAUGUGGAUAUCUUGCUUUGGGGAGGGACGCAUCGCUUCGAGGCCUUCGAAAUGGAGGGCCGCUUCUUUGUGAACCCAGGCAGCGCAACGGGUGCGAUGAGCUCCGGCUACUGGCCGGAUGGUGAAGAGCCAACUCCCAGCUUCUGUCUCAUGGACAUUCAAGGAGAUGUCCUGGUGCUCUACGUGUAUCAGCUCAAGACCGAUGCGAAUGGCGUGGAGAAUGUCUCGGUGGAGAAGGUCUCGUACCGCAAAAAUCAUGCCCCAGCUCCAGCGCCAGCGUCCUAG